AGGGGUCUACCCGCAACCGUAAGGGAUAAAAUUCCUGAGAAAUUGGUGUUAUUAUCUUCCACUUUUUCUAUAAGAGUAUUACAAGAAACUAAUUCCAAUUAAGUUUUUUUUUGGCUUUUUGAGUAAAAGUGUAGUUUUUUUGGCUCCAUGUUUCAGCAUUCUUUCCCAGCAGAUGUUGGAGGAGGAGAAGCAGGGAUUUUUAGACUACUGAAAAGAAUUUACAGUUUUGUUUGAUUUAAGUUCGGAUUUCUAAUUCGCGGCUAUAAUUCAGUGUUAGUUUUAAAUUUUAAUAAUUUCUAUUUCCAUAAUUAAUCAGACUUUCAAUCUUUUGUGUGACUUUAUGAAAUUGAAUUCUGGAUUUAUGACUUAUGAAUUGUGAAUUGUGACGCUGAUCACUCUAUAUAGUUGCAAUUAGUUCAAUUAUCGGAUUUAGGGCUCGUAAGGAGAUUUCAAUAAUCAGUUUCAAUUCGGAAUUCAAUCACAAGGUCAAAUGAAUUGCGAAGUUUGCCAACUCAAAGAACUGGAAGUGGAGCAGUUUGAGAUCGGGGAGGUUUUGAGAUGUAUAUUACACACUAUUAUGUUUCAUCGGGCUCUAGGCCUUGUAAGGCCAAAAGAUGUUGAUUUGGAACUUUUUGACAUCACAUAUGUUCAAUGUGGAGAGGUAGAACUAGAUAAGAAGAUAGAUGAGAACAUUGAUCAAUUCGUUAGUUGGGUAGAUAAACACCCUAAUAAGAAAACUCAGAUAUGUUUGUCUUUCUACGAAAUAAAGAACAACAAAGCAAUUUGGUUCUCCAACAAAGUUGAACGUUUGUAUUGGGAGCAAUGGUUUAUCAAUUUACAUGUUGCUCAACAUCAUAAACUAACCUCUAGCAGAUCUAAUUAUCCAAAAGUUGUACAUUCAGAGGGUGUAUCAGAGGAAAGAAGUGUUCAUAGAGCUCUAAUUGAAGGGUCUCUUCGAGAAGUUUUAUUUCAAAUAAUAAAAUUUGUAAAUGAGAAGAAGGAUCACAUUCCUCCUCUUCCUAGUCGUGAAGGCAUCUCAUUCCCCUACGAGAUUACAAUCCCAAGUUCGUCAGAUACCACGUUUGGGAUGGAUAUGAUCAAAAGGAUGCUCCAAACAGGCCAUCCAACCAUGCUUAGCUGAGCAUUCAUUGGUAACUUGUUUCAUAACUAUUUAUCAGGAGAAGUAUAGUGAUUUUUGAGAUGUUAGGAUGUUUGUUUGAUCGCUUCACGUCUGUACAAAAUGUAUUGGUGUUAAGACUCUUCAUUAUGUCUACAAUAUUAGGGCUAGGUGCAAGUGCUCAUAUCUAGUCUUGUAUUGGAAAAUGUUCUUUCAAGGUGCAAUCUGGAAGGGACGGAGUAUUGUAUUUGUAUAUAAACUCUCUGCUUCAAUGACUUCAUCCCUUGGUUUUUUGACAUUAUUCACAGUUGACUUUUAAUUUGUAUUUUAUUCUUAAUCUAUAAGUUAAAACAUAGUUAAGUGGGAUCUUGUUUGAUUCGUCUCAACACAAGGAUUAUUAAUAUCAACUUUUUAUAAUUUUUUGUUAUAUACCAUUAGAGAUAUUAAGACUUCAAUAUAUGUCUUGGCAAACGGACAAAGUUAUUGAAAUGGAAGGAAUAUUAUUUUUAUUUCUCAGUCCGUCUGGUAAACUUGAUGACGUUUUUAGGUGCUCUUGGCUUGUUGCAUCUGCAACUUAUUGAGUAGUGCCGAUGAUUUAGAAGUAGCCCAUAAGGAUAAAGAAGUGGUACAUAUUAUGUUUUCAUGAUGAAACAACAUUGGCAUAAUUCGUGUUUUAUAGUCCAAUUGAUAUGCUUUUUAGGUGCAUGAUAAAUUAUACUGUUUCAUUUAGCAUUAUUUGCAACUCCAUCCCAAAGUGAUUACACCUAUCGAAGCAUUUGCAUUAUCUUAUCGAAGCAUAUUAUUUUGUGCAUUAUCUUUUCCUUUAUAUUUGAAACUCUUAAAUUCUUUCUUAUAGUUUUCCUACUCAUCUAUCGAAAUAUUUGCAUUUCGCUACUUUCAUCUUUCUACUACAAUUAUUUCUAAAAAUUCAACAUUCUAAUUCAUAUAGUAGCAUUGGUUUAAUGGUUGGAACUUCAUCAUUUUUUCCCCACAGCUUAUUUAAAGCAUCAAUU